AACAAGAUGAUUUCACGCCGCAAGAUCAUAUCACGUUCCUUGGACAAUUUGGAUGCCAUUGGCCAAGAGCAAGAGGAAGAUGUUUGGCAUGAUCGCGAAAAGUUGUUUAGAGAUCACAUUAACGAAGUUUUAACCAAAUGGGAGCAAAUCGAUGAUGAAAUUUGGGCCAAAAUAAUUGUGUUUGAAAAGAAUCGUCGUGUGGCCAAGGCCUAUGCUCGCUCCUCUGUGAUAACCAUAAAUGGAUCCAAACAUGGCUUCGAUGGUGUGCGCAUUGGUCUCAAUGGCUUUGAGAAUCCUAUGAGAGAUUCUGAAACGAAAGUGAUCAAGAAAUCCAUUGGCGAUGGUUUUAAAAUCAAAAUGGAUGACAUUGGCAAUAUAUUCAUUAAACGUUAUGGCAAGAGCAACAUCUUUGUGAAUAGCACAUCGCAGGGCAAUGAGGAGACUGUGAUUGGUGCCGACAUAAUGCAAAUGCCACAAAUGUCUCUGACCUCGGCGGGUAUAACAGCCAAACUGUUUGAUAUGAAGAAAUUUCAGACGAAUAUCAAUCGAGAGUUUGCUCGCAACUAUCCAGAACGUGGACGUCUGGAGAGGCAGUGUCUGUCGGCCGUUUCGCUGGUCAAGUCAAAUAAUAAUCUAAUCAAUACACCAGUUUGGAUACUGGUGGUGAAUGUGGUGGCCAUGGAUAUGUUGAAGAGUCGCCUGCAAGCAUUACCCAAAUCGAUGGAUGCUCUGGGCAUGCGAGUGCCAUUGACACAAAGCAGUGAAGAUCCCUACUCGACCAUAGAGAGUCAAGUGGGACUCAUAUAUCCAACACCUGCAGCCUCCGAUGAUUCACAAAAUUCACAGAAUUCCCAGAAUUCGAGUAAUUCCUCAAGCAAGGGACGACGCAGUCUGUUUAGUGCUGCAUUCCUCAAUGAGAGUCCAUAUGUACCCAAGCCGGAUUAUGAGGCUGGUUUGGUCAUGGACAAGAAGAUGCAAAAGCAAUUGCAUCAGCAACAGCAACGCAAGAAGCAAGAUGAUCCAUAUUAUUGUGGUCUACUGGCACGCAUUCCCAACUUCAUCAAGUCUUCGAAGCAAACGAAUUGCCCCUCAGCCAAUAGUGUUAACAAGGCCAGCAAAAAGGAGUCGAAAAUAGCCCGUAAAAUCUCUGUGCAACAUCUCCAGCAACAACAUCAGCAUCAACAACAGCAGUUCCUGCAGCCCACCCAACCCAUGCCCAUCGCCACAUUCCAUCAUUCGUAUUUCCCCUACAAGCUCUAUCCUUCCCAGCAUCGCCUCUCACAGUCACAGCUCUCUCUUUGGGAUGCACGUAGUCUGAUCAGUGCUCAUGAAUGACAUGAUUUGUUGGUGAAACGGAAAAGUAAUUUAUUCAUCGUCUAGCCUUAGAUAUUAAUGAUUGUUUAGUCAAAGGUCUUCAAAUACGGAUAUGUGGAAUGCAUUUCCAAUGUAUAAUGCAGCCA